AUGCCCUGGCUCAGCGCAUGCCGACCAGUCGGAGUGCUGGCCGGCCAGCGGCACUCAGCGUUUGUGGCGCGCAGGUCCGCGGACUCGUUGCAGCGCGGAUUCCAGCGGCUGCGAGCAUUGCAAGGCAAGUUGGAAUGGCCGCGGUUGACGCACUUUUCAGCCUUUGGUCAGCAGUACGAGCUGCCCUUGUCAAAAGAGGAGACAAGAUUGAGCGCCACCGUGUCAGAAGCGACCCUUCAGUAUUUGAGCGGCUUUUUUGAUGGUGACGGUUGUGUCAGCCUUCCGAGGAGCAGCAGAACUUGCUCGCUGAUUGUUGGGCAGGUGGCAUCAAAUGCAGAGGUGCUGAUGCGUUUCAGAGACGUUUUUGGAGGAGCCAUUUAUCGUGCAAGCAACGGACAAGGCUUGCGCAGGCCGACAAUUCAAUGGACAAUAUCUGGCCCGGAAGGGCAGAAGGCUGCAGCAGCUUUGGCACGAGCAUCGAUUGUGAAGUCCGAGCAGUUGCUUAUCGCUCUCAAGUGGCCGUCCUCUUACGAGUCUCGGAUUUCCGCGUGCCAGGAGCUUAAGAGGCUAAAGAUGAGCAGACUUGGUCCUCGCGAUGUCCAUUGUACUUGGGCGUAUGUUGCAGGUUUCUUCGACGCAGAAGGCUGUAUUCGACUCCGGGCGAGUGGUGCACAUACUCUGGAAAUGGGGCAGAGACAUGAUGACGUGUUGCCUAAAAUACGGCGCUUAUUGCAGGAGGUUUGCAGUUCAGAGCUUGUUGUCAGGAGGACUUCCACGGGAUUCAACCUACUUUCAGUUAACGCACGGGAUGAUGUGAUUGUCGUGCUGAGGCGGUUGUUGUCUUCCGGCCUUCUGCAAAAGAAAGACCAAGCAGACGCGGUCCUCACGCUUCAGCACACCUCUCACAGGCAUGUCCGCGACUCAUUGGCAGCCGUCAAGGGGAACCAGAUGCGGUAUGCGCGCCUGGAUUUCGAAGGCUGUGAGCGAGCGCGAGCCAUUACCGCUGUGCGCAAACGCUUGUGGUGGUUGCAGUCGCAGGGAAAAGUGGAUAAAGCUUUGGAAGAGCAACUUGACAAACUGCGGCAAGAGCAUGGCAUUCUGAAUCUGAGGAGGGCAUACUGCCUGCUGCGGGCAGAUAUUCGCAUGGGUUUAGCAACAGGAGCGCUGAUAACUUCUCACACAUGA